UAUUAUGAUUGUUUCUUUUGUAAUAAUUAAAAAUGAGGGGGUGGGUCGGCCGGAUGUGACGCCCGUGUCGGAAACGCUGUCAGGCUGGAGUACUGCACGUGUUGGAAGGAGCUGCAGAAGGAACAUGAGCGCUCAGCUCCGGCUGGAAGAGAGGCCCGAGAGAGGACACCAAAGCCUUCAUUCCGACAUUUUCUGCUGACUUUCCCACCGUUAACACACAGCCAAACGACAGGAAGCUCCCCGGCAGCUCAGAGGAGCGUGAAGCAAGACGACAGUGACCCGUUAACUGAGGGAGGAGAAGAACAACACGCGGGGCGAAGGAAGAAAGUUAUCGGUCUCUGUUCACGGGCCUGUGUGUUGUUGUCUAAUCGCUAGUUGCCUUAGCAGCUUGAUAAGUUGACUUUCUUAGUAGUUUAACUCUAAAGAACUGGUGAGAGUGUAUUUGGACGUCAUGGCGGACUACCUGAUCAGCGGCCCGUCGGGUUACAUACCCGACGACGGGCUGUCGGGACAGCAGCUGUUCAACGGAGGAGACGGGCUCACAUACAACGACUUCCUGAUUCUGCCGGGCUACAUCGACUUCACAUCAGACCAAGUGGACCUGACCUCCGCGCUCACCAAAAAAAUCACCAUGAAAACUCCCUGUGUCUCCUCUCCCAUGGACACCGUCUCAGAGGCCAACCUGGCCAUAGCUAUGGCACUCACAGGUGGCAUCGGCUUCAUCCACCACAACUGCACUCCAGAGUUCCAGGCCAAUGAAGUCCGAAAAGUCAAGCGCUAUGAGCAGGGCUUCAUCACUGACCCCGUGGUGAUGAGCCCAAACGAGCGUGUUCGGGACGUCUUCCAGGCCAAGGCUCGCCACGGCUUCUGUGGAAUCCCCAUCACAGACAACGGAAAAAUGGGCGGCAAGCUGGUGGGCAUCAUCUCCUCCAGAGACAUCGACUUCCUGAAGGAGGAGGACCACAACCUGCCACUGAGCGAGGUGAUGACGAAGCGAGAGGAUCUAGUAGUCGCCCACGCUGAAGUAACACUGAAAGAAGCCAAUGAAAUCCUUCAGAAGAGUAAGAAAGGUAAGCUGCCCAUAGUGAAUGACGAGGGCUCCCUGGUGUCCAUCAUCGCCCGCACUGACCUGAAGAAGAACAGAGACUUCCCUCUGGCCUCUAAAGACUCACGCAAACAGCUGCUGUGUGGCGCCGCCAUCGGCACCCACAACGACGACAAGUACCGGCUCGACCUGCUGGUGCAGAGCGGGGUGGACGUGGUUGUACUGGACUCGUCUCAGGGCAACUCAAUCUUUCAGAUCAACAUGAUCAAAUAUAUCAAAGAGAAGUAUUCUCAUCUGGAGGUCAUUGGAGGAAAUGUGGUGACUGCAGCUCAGGCUAAGAACCUGAUCGAUGCAGGAGUGGACGGGCUGAGAGUGGGCAUGGGCAGCGGCUCCAUCUGCAUCACACAGGAAGCUCUAAGUGUACCACCAGCAAUAAAGCUCCACAGCCCCAAAACCCCAACCACUGUUACGGGAUACUCCAUGCUGGCGUGCGGCAGACCUCAGGCCACAGCAGUGUAUAAAGUGUCUGAGUACGCCCGGCGGUUCGGUGUGCCCGUCAUCGCCGAUGGAGGCAUCCAGACGGUCGGGCACAUUGCAAAGGCCCUGGCACUAGGAGCAUCCACUGUGAUGAUGGGCUCUCUGCUGGCAGCCACCAGCGAAGCUCCUGGUGAAUAUUUCUUCUCUGACGGCAUCAGGCUGAAGAAAUACAGAGGCAUGGGCUCCCUGGAUGCCAUGGACAAAAACCUGGGCUCCCAAACCAGAUAUUUUAGUGAGUGCGAUAAGAUCAAAGUUGCUCAGGGCGUUUCUGGAGCGGUGCAGGACAAAGGCUCCAUCCACAAGUUCGUUCCCUACCUGCUGGCUGGCAUUCAGCAUUCCUGUCAGGACAUUGGAUCCAAGAGCCUCACACAGCUCAGAGCCAUGAUGUACUCCGGAGACCUGAAAUUUGAGAAGAGAACAACAUCAGCUCAAAUGGAGGGCGGAGUCCACAGCCUGCACAGUUAUGAGAAACGACUGUUUUGAGAAGGAGCCAGCUGUUCUGCCUGCUGAUGGAGACAGACACAUUAUGCAACUGCACUACAAGCCAGACCCUCCUAGUCAUUCUUCACACACUCAACUAACAUCUCAUAGAAAUGGGUCAUUAAGAAGAAGCUCUCACUCUUUCAGCGAUCGAUCAAGUCUUCCUGCCAGUGUCAUCUAUGCAUCGUCUCUGUUCAGUGUAGUUGUGUGUGUGUGUUUUGUGUGAAGACGGGGAACUAAGCAUUUAUCAAUCAGUGCACGUUUGAUUGUUUCCUCCAAGGCCAUCCAUGUUCUGAUUUAAAGUAAAUGUCUAGCCUGUCCAUUUUAAAGCAAAAAAAUCUGCCUGAUAAUAAAGCAUAUGUGUUUUUCCACAAACAA